CAUCUCAACCUCUCCUACCCAAACUCCCCCGUCCCCAAGCAGCAUCCCCAGUAUUCGCAAUGGCUCUUUCACCAUUCUCUGCUAUCUCUCUUGUUUUCUUUCUUCUUCAUCUUCCAAGUACUUUUGGUGACAAUGGAGGUUGGCAAAGUGGCCACGCCACAUUUUAUGGUGGCGGAGACGCAUCCGGCACAAUGGGGGGAGCUUGUGGGUAUGGCAAUUUGUACAGCCAGGGUUACGGGACAAACACGGCAGCACUGAGCACAGCUCUAUUCAACAAUGGCCUCAGCUGUGGGUCUUGCUACGAGAUGCGAUGCAACGAUGACCCCAAAUGGUGCCUUCCCGGAGUCAUCACCGUCACCGCCACCAACUUCUGUCCUCCGAACUACGGUCUGUCCAAUGAUAAUGGUGGGUGGUGCAACCCUCCGCUGCAGCACUUUGAUCUUGCUGAGCCUGCUUUCCUGAAGAUCGCUCAGUACAAAGCCGGCAUAGUUCCCAUUUCUUUCAGAAGAGUGCCCUGCGUGAAGAAAGGAGGGAUCAGAUUCACGAUCAAUGGGCAUUCGUAUUUCAACUUGGUUUUGAUUUCAAAUGUGGGAGGAGCAGGGGAUGUACACGCGGUUUCGAUCAAGGGGUCAAAGACGGGGUGGCAAUCCAUGUCAAGAAACUGGGGGCAGAACUGGCAGAGCAACUCGUACCUGAAUGGGCAGAGCCUCUCGUUCAAGGUCACCGCCAGUGAUGGCAGAACCGUCACCAGCAACAACGUUGUACCUGCUAAUUGGCAAUUCGGUCAGACCUUUGAGGGUGCGCAAUUUUAGGAGUUUCUCAUCAUCCCCUCCUCCUCCAAGAUGAGACACUUCCAUUCUAUAUGUAAAAUUGAGCAUUGUUUCUUUCUUAGAUUAGAAAAAUGCCAACAUGCCAAUGUGGCCUCUAAUGGCUGAUGCUGUGGUGACUGUAGGCACCCGCAAGGCCUAUCUAUAAUCUAUAUAUAGUAUUGAGAGUAUAAAUCAAAUUUCCAUGAUAUAUUGAGAUUAUUUUUAAUAAAUAUUUUGGCUUAAAUCUAUUA